CUCGUGUCAGACUGUGACCCGCCCAGCGCAGAUCAGCGGCUGACGGCUGCCUGAACCCGGCGAACAGGCGGUCAGGACCGAGACACACACACAGAUAGACAGACAGACAGGUGAAGAGUUCCAGUGGCAUCCAUCCAUAUCUUGGGGAAUAUACUAUUUUAUUUUCCCGGUCGUGUAAAUCUCCGAAUCUCUCUGAUCAUCUGUGGAUACGAGCAGCUCAUCUGACCCGCCGCUGAACAGGAGGAGGCUGAGCAAUGAAUAAGCUACGGCAGAGUUUCCGGAGAAAGAAAGACAUUUAUGUGCCAGAGUCCAGCCGGCCACACCAGUGGCAGACAGACGAGGAGGCCGUACGCGAGGGCAAAUGCAGCUUCGCUGUCAAGUAUCUGGGGCACGUGGAGGUCGAGGAGUCUCGUGGCAUGCACAUCUGUGAAGAUGCCGUCAAGAGAUUGAAGACGGACAGAAAGUUCUUCAAGGGCUUCUUUGCAAAAGCGGGUAAGAAGGCCGUGCGAGCGGUGCUAUGGGUGUCUGCGGAUGGCCUGAGGGUCGUAGAUGACAAGACAAAGGAUCUCAUUCUAGACCAGACGAUAGAGAAGGUGUCCUUCUGUGCACCUGAUCGUAACUUCGAGCACGCCUUCUCCUACAUCUGCAGAGACGGGACCACGCGCCGCUGGAUCUGCCACUGCUUCAUGGCCAUCAAGGACUCGGGCGAGCGUCUGAGCCAUGCGGUGGGCUGUGCGUUUGCAGCGUGUCUGGAGCGCAAACAGAAGAGGGAGAAGGAGUGUGGGGUCACGGCCACUUUCGAUGCCAACCGCACCACUUUCACACGGGAGGGAUCCUUCCGCGUCACCACAGCCACGGAGCAGGCCGAGCGAGAGGAGGUCAUGAGACAACUGCAGGAUGCUAAGAAAGUGCCGGAGGUGGAGGUGGAGAGUGAGGGCGACAGCAUCAGCUCUCUGUGCACUCAGAUCACAUCCACCUUCAGUGGGCCUCCAGAGGACCCGUUCUCCUCAGCGCCGAUGCCCAAACCCGCCUCCUCACCACAGUCACCCUCUGCUCCAGUUAACGGUGCAGUUCCUGCCUUCCCGCCGCCUAAUGUCACUGUAAUUGCUGCAGUUAACUCACCCGUGCUGCCGCCCCCGCUGCCUGUCCGAGAGACUAACCCCUGGGCCAAGACCCCAAACACGGCCCCCACCACAGCACACAUAGGGAGCGAGUGGGCAAAUCCUGCACCCGCAGCGGGAGCCUUACCUGCUCUUUCUUCACCUGCCUCCUCUCACAAACGUACGCCAUCGGAAGCCGACCGCUGGCUGGAGGAGGUGACCAAGUCUGUUCGAGCCCACCAACCCGCCGUCAUCGCAAGAACCAACACGCCUCCCGCUCAGCAGCCCUUCCCCGCCCCCGGCCCUUCUGCUCCCUUCAUGCCAGGCACCCCCCCAUCCGCGGUUCCUACCGUACCCCCACGCCAGCCGGCUUUCCACGCUCAGGCGCCGGCGUCCUUCCCAGUGUCCAAUGGAAUCCCGUUUGUGCAACCAGCCUUUCCGGUGGUCGGCAUUACACCUUCGCAGAUGGUGGCCAACGUGUUCGGUUCUGCCACGCAAACUCAGCCCAUCCCGGUACCUGUUCAGGUGCCCCAGGCGCAGCUCCAGUCUUCACCCUUCUCCACACCACCAACAGGCCAGUUUGACACCCAGGCUGUGUGCAGCCCCUUCAGCAAACCGCUCCUACCUCCGGUGUCAAACGCCACAGUGCUGCAGCCACCGAAAGUCAAUGCCACAUUUAAUGGGGCUAACAGCUGGACGGCAGUGUCGUCACCUGCGCAGUCUGUGGCAGUGCAGCAACAGGCCGAUGCCUUCGAGGCCCAGUGGGCCGCACUGGAGAGCCGCUCACAGCAACGCACCGCUCCAUCACCCACAAACCCCUUCUCCACCGAGCUCCACAAGACAUUUGAGAUCCAACUCUAAGCUUAAGCCACAUUGAAGGACAUUCAUGGAGAGACGACUAUUGAGGGAACGACCCCGCAAACCACUUCAGCUCCAUAUCUCCGUCUUUCGAUUUCUUUGUCUGUUCAUCCGUGUCUGGUUUUUGCUUGUGACAUGAACAAAUGGAGACAAGGGGGUUAAUGAAGGUGCCCCCAGAAAUGCAGCGAGUACAACUUCUGGCAUUUAUGGCGCAGUGAUGUCCAAGAUGAAUUAGAGUGACAAGAUGAUGGUAAAAGGAAUCUUUAGAUGCUCUAACGUUGACCCUGUAUUGUUCAGUACUCCCUCGACCCCGACUAACCCAUCUCACAGCGCCCCCUAGCAGGCUGGAUGACUGCUCCCUACCUGAAGGACGAGGCACUUCACAGACCUUCCGGGUUCACGAGGUUCUUGUAGAACUUCGCAAUCAGAAGAGGAAGAAGCAUGAGAAUGCCAAAAUCUUUAUUUUUAUGCAUUAAGUAUAUUUUAAAUAGCUUUGAAAUUUAACUGAAGAGCUGUAAAUAAUCUUUCCAAAGGUGCAGGCUUAUUUUGUGUGCAUACAGGAACAGAGCAUAUAUAUAUAUAGGCGUGAAGGGAUGGUUUUCAUUUCUCGUCUCUAUUCAGUUUUAGUCUUCUGGCCACCAUGCAUAGUUUGGAUGUUCAUCUUUUGUAAAUAGAUAAUCCAUUUGUACCCAGACCGGGUUUGAGGGUCUUUAAAUCACACAGGUCCCAGGCAAUGUUAUCUUUCAUGCUGCCAUUUUAACCUUUUUUUUUAUUUUUUUUACUAUAGUAUGAGUACUUUGAUUUCUAUUGCCUACAUAUCAUUAUAAUUUUUUAUUUUUUUAUUUUUUAAUGAAUUUUAACACUUGACUGUGUCAUCGGUCAAGCCACUUUUAUUUUAUUUCGAUAAAAGAUAUACAUUUUAGCACAAGCACUGUACUAAUUGAUCAUUUGGCCACUUACGGUUAAUGUGGCGUUAGUGAGCUAUGAUGAGGUCUUGAAAUGACCUGUGGUUCCUACUCUACAAUGAUUGCAGUGAAUUUUUAUUUUCCUUCUUUUAACGCAAUCCCAUCAACCCUUUUGUUUUAUCAGACGCAAAGAUGAUUGGUCCUGUUUUUAGGUUUUGAUUCCAUUUUGUAAGUAUUGCAUUGUAUUCCAAUUCUUUACGGAAAAUUUAAUCUGAAAGAUUGAAUAAAACGUUGGUGGUAGAGGAAA